AUGGGUUGUAAAAAGUCCAAGUCUCUUUAUGAUCAAAAAUCAGCGGAAAAUGAAAGCUUGGAGAUUUAUGAAAGCAGAUUUCGGCUAAGAAAUCACAGCAUCCACGAAUAUGAAGCAACCAUACGGCGCUUCCAAAAUUUAUCUUUGCCUUCUGCUAAAGCAUUGGAAAUUUUAUCGCAAAAUUUCAGCUUGCCUUUUUCUCAUAAAUUGCUUGAAAUAUUCACAGAUAAGCUGAAUCUAAAUGGAGCCCUUAAUACUGACUAUCUUAUUUCCUUUGCAAUUCUUUAUGGAGAAGGCUCAGCCUACGAAAAGGCGGACUCGCUCUGGCACAUUGCAGAUACUGCAUACUCGAAUUCUUUGACAAAGAGUGAUAUUCAAAGAAUAGUGAAGGGGGUUAUUAGAGUUUCGAUCAGUAUAAUGCUAGAAGCAGCAAUUGAAGAAAAUUAUUUUAAUGUCAAUCGCUUAACUUCAUGGAAAAGCCAAUUAAAUGAAAGAGCUGAAGCUCUUGAAGAAAAACUGCUGAGACAUUUCUUUGGAGAAAAGCAUGAGAUUAAGAAAGAUGAAUUUAUCAAUAUAGUGGUUGAAGGAAAAGAUAGCCAAAUUACUGAUCCAGUUUCAGUAAGAACAUUGCUAGAACAUACUCAAGCCAUCCCGAAAAAGUUUGCGAACCCUUUCAAAAACAUGAAGACAAAAUUAACAGGCUAA